AUGCAUCUCUUCCGCCGAGGGACCUCCUCUCUCUUCAACUCCUCCAACGCCUCGCUCGCUUCCUCCAAGUCCGACGCUACUACCGAUGCUGUGGGCGACAAGGCCCUCGCUAAGGAUGGAUUUCAGACAAUCUCCUCAAGCGACAAGCUCUUUUCGAACGUCGACCCUGCUGUAGACGGGGACGACUGUCUGCAUGAUUGCGCGACAUGUACUGUCAAGUACCCCGCCAAAUUCGAUGUCGAUCACGAAGACGAACUAUACGGCCAGGUCAAGGGCUGGUCAACGCAUAUCCUCGUGGCGACAGGGAAAUCAGACUGGGUGAGGGACGUCGCAGACGAGGAAGGCAGCGUCAUGGAAGCAAUUGAGAAAGGUGGACUGGAACCAAGCAACGGGGUGAGACAAACAACUUCACUUGUCCCAACAAGCCAAUACGUCUCAAAGCUAACAGCACUCACCAUCCAGAGACUCAAGUUGUCAGCUUCCAAUAUGCCCGUUCCAGACGAAUACCACAUGGCCGACGCCGGGGAAAAGCCUACCGACGUCCUCCUCCUGCCCAGCUUCACCGUCGUCGAGCACGUCACCCCACAACUAGCACCCGACCUGAUCGAGAACUUCGUCAAUAAAUCCCUCACAACCACCACACCCCUAAGCUCCUCAUCAACAAAGGAGAACGAGGUCCCCGACUCACCCGAACCCCAAGACCUCCCCCACCCAUCCACAACCUCAAUCACCUCCCUCAAAUCACACCCCAGUCCCCACGCCGCAGUGAUCCUCCUCUGCUCACAGCGCACCCGCGAUGCCCGCUGCGGGCAAUCCGCGCCUCUCCUCCGCCGCGAAUUCGAGCGCCACCUGCGACCCCUCGGCCUAUACCGCGAUAUGGACGAUACCCGCCCCGGCGGCGUGGGAAUCUACUUCAUCAGCCACGUUGGCGGACACAAGUACUCCGCGAACGUAAUUGUGUAUCGUCGGCGAGACUUUAACUGGCACAAGGAAGGUGGUGAGGACGAAGGUGCGGCGCAGGGAAUCUGGCUGGCGCGCGUGCGCCCUGAAGAGUGUGAGAAUAUUAUUCGCUAUACCGUUCUUCAGGGUAAGUUGCUUAAACCCGAGACGCAAUUGCGCGCAGGGUUUGAUCGUGAGCGUGGCUUGACGAGUUGGUAG